AUGCCAAAUACUGUCGACACCCAUAUGGACGGGUAUGGUUCUCUCAAGUCUCCAUGGUGUCCGCCGAAAACAGUUUGGACAUCUGCAACCGGACAGUUCGUUUAUUGUUCCGGCCCACUACCUGUCGGCGUGGAAUUCAAUCACCGCGCAUGCGAGAUCGUGUCGACCUUCAUCUAUGCACCGUUGCUGUGGAAGCAUGGCCGCAAGUCUGGUAUCCUGGUUGCUUCUGCGAUCUCUGUCGCGGGACUCCUACAGCAACUGGCGACGCAUUGGAGGGUUCAUUUGACUGGCCGAGGGGGUAACGGUAAUGCAAUCGGUAUGAUGUUUACGAUCUCACCUCUAUGGACAGGGGAGACCUGUCGCCCUGAACUUCGAGGCUUCUUCCUCUGCUUCUUUAACACUAGUAUUGUGCUUGGACAGUUCGCUAUGUUCGUGUUUAUCCUGGCCGUGCCUGUGAAUUGCAAUGGUGGCUACCAGUCGUCGGGAUGUAUAUCUUUCCAGGUAAUAUCGCACCCUGCUGCGACUGCUCAGCAGCUCACUUUCCCAGCAAUUCCACGGCCGGCUGGCUCCUCUUCCCCGAGUCUCCGUACUGGCUCAUUCGAGACGGAAAGACAUCGCAAGCCCGGAGGAUCACUCCAACGAGUGUACGGAUCCAAGAACGAAGCCUUCUACGGUGUCGAAGUCCGUCGCAUAGAAUCCGAGAACCAUCAAGCACUUGCCAUCCAGGCCAGUCUCGCUCAGUUCAGCCGCCACACUUUCCUAGGCCUCGAUCUCUGGCCGAAGCUGAGUGCUUCGACCGCACGAGCCGCAAGCGCACCCAACGGCCAUCUUCGCCGCCAGUGGCCAGCAAAUGAUCGGCGCGACUUCGUUAUUGGAUACACGACGUACUUCCUCGACCUGAUCGGUGUGAAAGACUACUUCGAUGCAUCGAUCAUACUAUACGUUUUGAUGCUCCUCGACAGCAUGGCCGCCUUCCCACUGACGGAAAUUAUUGGUCGACGAACGAUGAUUGUUGUCCCGCAAUUCUGGGCGAUUAUCUACCAGCUGUCUAUUGGUUCUGUUGGGUUUAUCUUGGCCUCUGAAAGUCUCCGGAGUACGACGCAUGGUCUUGUUACGAUUACCAAUGCGGCAUGGGGGCUUAUUAUGCAGUUUACGAUUCCGUAUAUGACGCCUAAAUCCCCCGGCUUGCAGAUCCAAACGCAGGAAAUCUCGGCGCCAGGUUGGGUUCAUCUUCCUAGGAAUGGGUCUCAUCGCAGCCGUCGGUGGAUGUACCUUUAUCCAGAGACUAAGGGCAUCUCGUUCGAAGCCAUGGACGAGCUCUACGCGAGCGGGACCAUGCCUCGACACUUUCGCGCACCGAGUGAGCAGCGUAGAGGCGGGUCUUCGGAAACAAAGACAGAGCCUCCGGUUCAUGUGGAGGAAUUGCCUAGCUACCUUAGCAUGGUGAUUUGGCCAUCCUACACUGAGCGGCCACCGGAUGUCGAGUGCAAAAAUCAGGGCAGAUAUAUUGGUACGGAAUAG